GCGAAGAUGGCGGAAAAUAGUGUUGGGCCGGAGCCCGAGUGGAGUAGCCGGGCCCUGGACGCGGCCGAAGACACCCUGGUCGCAAUGGAGACCUUGCUGGCCACGCUGAGAGCCUUCGAGGAUGUGCUCAGGCAUCAAGCCAUAUCAGCAUCCUCCUCCACCGAGUACUGCGACAACUUCUGCCAGGCACUGAUGCACUAUGCCGGGAGCAGGAAUUCUGUGGAGCAUGGUCUGCCUCUUCUGGAAGUCUACUGCCUGUCUAUAAAUUGCUUUGCGGCUGCAAGGUCCCACCUCACUGCAGAGUCGGACAGUGUGGCCCUUGUGUUGAAGAGGCUUGCUUUGAGCUGUUUUGAGUUGUUACUAUCAGUGCCUGAAAAUGAAAUCCCCUACGAAGCAUGGGUUCAGUUUCACCACUCUGUUCAGAUUGCCCAUGAAACCUUGUUGCAGUAUGGGAGCACAGAUCUCCAAGCUCUGCUCCAGAUCACUGGAGAGGGAGGAGCAUGGAGCAACCCCAUCCUUACUGCCCUCCUCACUGGCCAGCACACCACCCCGGAGGAAGUUGAUGCAUACAUUAGCUUGGAGGGUGAGGGCUUCAUGGAAAUGCGAGUGAAGCAUCUGGAAAAGAUGGGCGAACUUGCUAAGGCAGUGGUUCUGGCCAAGGCCUGCACUGAAUGUUGCCUAAUCUCCAACCAACCUACGUUCCGUCAGACUUACGUGUCCCUGCUCUGCCACCUGCUACCUAAUGAGGAGGCCAUUGUGGAGAUAUCCAGGCUUGACUGUAAGGAUGUCCUGGAGAUCACAUGUAAUUUGGAAACCGAGGGAGAAGAAAAUACAGCCUUCAUUUUGUGUACCACAUUCCUCACACAGCAGCUUCAGCAGCAGAACCUAUACUGCUCCUGGGAGUUGAUACUGCUGUGGAGUAAGCUUCAGAGGAAGAUUGAUCCUUCUUCAGAGUCUCUGCUGGAGCGAUGCCUCCAGCUAGGUGCCAUCGCUAAAACAGUUCACCAUUUGCUUUACCUGGUCCGCGUUAUUCAGGCAGAGAUGCAAGAGCUUGGACUAGCGUCUUCUGUGGAGCUUUCUGUUAAAGCCCUCCAACUUCCAAAGCAGGAUGACUCAGAAACAAGAAUCUCUGUCUGUAAGACAGUUUCCUGCCUGCUUCCAGAAGACCUUGAGGUGUUGCGUGCCUGUCUACUCACAGAGUUCCUCCUUGGUCCAUGCCAGGAGGUUUUCUCCAGCCUUGAAGAGCUUUACUUGCGCCCCGACCAGAAGUAUGAUCAGGAAAAUGGAGUUAUCCCUAACUCACUGCGCUGUGAACUGCUCCUGGCACUCAAAGCCUACUGGCCUUUUGACCCGGAAUUCUGGGACUGGAAAACUCUGAAGUAUCACUGCAUCACCCUGCUAGGGCUGGUGCCAGAGUCAGAGGGGGAGGUGGGAGAGGAGGAGGAGGAGGUGGGAAUGCAUGUAACAGUUAAACAGGAACCACAGGGAAUAAAGAAGGAUCAAGAGUCUGAGAACCAGAACAGACCGAAUGGCAGAAUUGAUGGUCUCAAGGAGGAGCAGGAUGAACUAAAAUCCUGUGACUUAGAGGGCUGUUCUAACAUGUCAAAAACUCGAGCUGAACGAGAGAUUAAGAAACUUAAAUUUUAUUGUCAGAUUUGUAAGCGGUCAGUUACAGAAUCACAAAUCCUUCACCAUUCCAAGAGACAUGCAGAUGGCAACAGCCACCGCUGUCCUGUGUGUUUGGAGAGAUUUCAAAGCAGAAAGGAACUUGUUCCUCACAUGAAACAACACAUUCAAAAUCCUUUAAAGUUUUAUAAGCAUUAUGAAAAGAAAAAGAGUCUCCAAAAAAUGGUAGAUGAGGAUGAGAUUGAGCCAGGUGAAAUCACUGUUGAUCCUUCUUUAAUGCUGUAUUACCAGUCCACACAUGAUCCAGAUGUACUACAUCAUAUUGUGCACCAAUCCAAAUCUGAAAAUUCAAAGCACGUAGAUGGUGAUGAGCACAUCACAUUUGAUUACAUUGAUCUUCACUUCAACUUGAGGAAUCGGGAUGAGUACCCAUGCCCAGGAACUCAUUGCACAAAGACCUUCAAGCAUUCCAAGUACUUAUAUGUCCACCUGAAGUCGGAACACAAAGAUGAUGAGAAUGUGAAACACUUUCAUGAAAUGAGAGACAAGCGGGAGAAGUGUACUUAUUGUAGGCGCCAUUAUGUUUCCGCAUACCACCACAGAAAGCAUCGCAAAGUGCACUGCCUUGAUGAACCGUACACAUGUGUGGUCAUUGGCUGCGGUGCUCAAUUUAGUACCUCUAAUGAGCUGGUCACACACAAACAGACCCAUGGCUAUCAGCUGAACUACCGGUGUGAGCUCAAAGGCUGUUAUGUUACCUACUCUGAUUUGGGACAGAUAUAUCACCAUGAAGCACAGCAUUUCCGUGAUGCAGCAUUUAGCUGCACGAGUCCUGAAUGUAAGAAAUUCUUUUUAUCCAAAAAAGAAUUUAUCAACCACUUAGCCACACAUGGUAUUGUCUUCUCUGAGAAAGAUUUUGAGACUCAGAGAAAAGCCAAACAGAAACUCAUUGAGACUGUCACUGAAGACACACCCUGCCCUAGGAACUCAAUGGUCAAUGGUGAUAAACCAACCUCUUCAUCAACUAGUUGUGCCUCCUCUUUGUGUGCAUCAGGCUGCAAGGAGCCCAAGGGAAUGAUCACCUCUGUGGCAGUGUGUUUUGAUGGAAGCAAGUUCACUUGUGGUUUUGAAAAGUGCGGUAUGACAUUCUCCAGAGCCAGAGAUGUCCAGAGACACCUGAAAUGUGCCCACCCAGAACACCUCAAGUUGGAGAACAAAGAACACAAACAUGAUAAAGAGCGGGGCUCAAAGGCAAAGGGGCUAAAUAUGAAAACUGAACCAUCAAGUGAAGAAAAGGGGAAAUAUGAGCCUUCAACUCAAAAGCCACCUAAUGGGGCUGAUAAUGAAAGAAAAGAAUCUCCCCAACCCAGCCACAACAGUACAAACUCUUCAAGCCUUACCCACAAUGAUGCUUUCAAAGCGAUUCUAAUUGGGCUCAGCAAACUGGACCUUAAUUCAUCAAACUCUCACAAUGGGUCAUGUGAGCCCUCUAACUCCAUCUCAGGGUCCACUGUGUCACAAAUUGCCCUUCACCAAACUGUUGUCGCCAAGUGUCCAGUUGUAUUGCUUCAAAAGAAACAUCUACAUGUGGCUGAGGAGACGGUACAAGUCAAACCUGACCAAGUACCAGAGACUACUGAAAUACACACUGUUGAAUCAUUGGCCACUGCUAAGCCGUAUAUCUGCAAGGUCAAAGGUUGUGACUUCAGGACUGCACAGAGUUUCAGCUUAUUGCGUCACCUUAACAUCAAACAUGGCCACACUAUAGAACAAGCAAAAAAGAUGACUUCUUUAAAAACCACAUCUUUUAAACCUUACACGUGUCAGAUUUGCUCCAAAAGCCAUAGAGAAAAGACUGUAUUGAAGGCACAUUAUAUUCAGAUACACAAUCUUAGUGAGGCUGCAGUAGAGAAAAUGAACUGUGUAUCUGCUCAGCCUGUGGAAAGUAGAGCCCCGGAGCCCACAAAGCACUCAGCCCAGCCCUUGAAAGAUGCUCUUGAGGUGAGAAAGAAAGAGGUCCCCAGCUGGCAGCAGAGAUGCCACCGAAGAAAAGCAAGCAUGAUGAGAAGAGAAAAUGAGAAAAACCUUAAGGAUCACUAUCCAUCUGGAGAGGAGAAGGGGGAGGAGGUGGUAGAGGACAAGGUGGAGAAUAGAGAAAUACUCAAUAAAAAUGAGCGAAAUGGGGAAGGUGAGGAAGGAGGAUCACCACAAGGCAGAACUACUAGACGUUUGGUUACAAAAAGCAAUCUCUGCUAUAUAUUGACUAAAUUCAGUAAGCCUUUCCACUGUGUUGUUAAAGGCUGUGAUGCUGCUUUCUCAACUCAGGGAGGGCUUGUGCGCCACCUUCAAGUUGUCCAUCAGUAUAAUCGCUCUCAACUUCUGCUGGAAAAGGAUUUUGAUGUGCAUCAAAAUGCAGAAGUUAAGAAGGACCCCACAAAGAAAAGACCUGUCUCCCACUCAGAUGAACCUCAACCCCAAUACAAAUGUCACUUUGCCAAUUGCAAUGCCUCUUACCACCUAAAAAGCAGCUUAGUACGUCACACUCGUGAGUUACAUUGUCAGCCACCAGAGCCAAUACUUUGUCAGUAUAAGGGUUGUAAGAGAGUGUUCAAUCAUGCCAGUGCUCUCAAAAAACAUAUUCUAUAUAGUCACUGUGAGUACUAUGAUUCAUUUGUAUUACGCCUGCAGAGCACUCACAAAAAGUCAAUAAGCGGAUGCCAAAAGAAGCUUAUAGUCGCAUCACCUAGUCCUCAGACAGAGGAACCCACUUUAUCUCCUACACAGUCUCAGAAACUCAGUCCAACAUCUGAGAUUGCUAACCAGUCAGAGGAAAUCAGUGAGGAUAAAGUUGAGAAAAAAAUCAUUGUGACAAAUAAAAAAAGGAAAGAAAAACGGUAUGAGGCUUUGAUUUACCGGUCUCAUGAGGAGGCAUUGCAGAUGUGCCAAGACCGCUGUUUGCUUGAAGGCUACCCAUGCAUGGUUCAGAACUGUGAUUCUGUAGUUAAGUAUAUGCAGAGCAUGCAACGACACUACCUGACGGUUCACUGUAUGUACAAAGAGGAUUUCUACAAGAAUGAGGACAAACUUGUUUUCAAUGCUGAGCAGCUGGAGGAACUAAUUCAGAGAAAGUCAGCCCGACCAACCAUUACAGCAGCGUGCACACCUAAUGGAGUGCGAAAAAUGGAGUAUCAGACAGAACCAGAAAACAGUGGUGGACAGUCCAUGCCCAUGAGCCUGCACUCUAUCAAAACAGAUUCAGUGGAUGAAGACAACCAAAAUCCACUGGGCUUCCCAGAGGAGGAGCCACCCCCUGUGGAGAUAAACAAUGUCCUCGUUGGUGCUGAUGAUGUGCUAUAUGGUGAACCAAGCACUGGUGGGCACACUGAAGAGCCAGCCGCCACAACACCAAACAGUCACAACCAGGAGGAGAAACUGAAAUGGCAAAAUAUCAAUACUUCUCUUCCUGCUGUCACUGUUGAUCUCUCACCACCAUCCUCACUUCGUUUCACUAAUGAGGAGUGCUUCCAGGAUACGUUGGGCAGUAAAGAGGGUGGCAAAAUGAUGAAUGGGUCAAUGCCACUGUCCAGUCCCCCGGCCCGCCAGCCACUAAAACGUAAAAAUGAACUGUCUGAGCAGCCUUCUAACCUAAAGGAUGCCCAGCCUCUCUGCCCUCCUCACCCUUUUGACAUUGCCUCUUAUAAGCCAAUGGGUUUUGAGUCCUCGUUCCUGAAAUUCAUCCAAGAGACUAGUCCUUCUAAGGAGGAAGAUGUGACAUCACUCAAACGGCGAGAGUCUUUCAAACGCAGUUGUUCGGUGAAGGAGAACAACCAACUGGGAAUCUCUCACACACGCAGCAAACGCACUCGUUCUCCACUGCUGAAACCCCUUGUAAUGACUCGGGACUUCACAUCAGUCCACAACUUGAAGUUGGACAAGGCCCUAGCUGGGUGUGGAGACCUGGCCAUUAAGCAGCUUCAGUUCCUCAGACCUGUGGUUGUACUGGAGAGACCAAUGUGUAACACCAUCCUACCUGAUCUCUUUCCUCCAGAUACUAAUAAUAGUAAGCUACGUUUUGGAAGUUAGUUUAACUUAGCACCUUUUAACAUUACUUAGAAAAUAAGUACUUUUUUUUUUAUUUUGCAAACUGUCCAGAUGUUAAUUUUCUCCAGAAAUGCGUAAAAUUCUGAUCGUAUUAUAAUUACUUCUUUUAAGCUGCCAAACUGAAGUUCAAAGAAGGUUGAAUUGGUUCAUCUGGAUACAACGUCUAUUGACAGUAGACUUCAACUUAUGCCCCCUUAUGCCCCUUGACACGCAAUAAAUAUUAAAAACAAAGUACAUUAAAACAAAAGUUACUUCACAGACCUAAACAUCACAAGCAUGCCUGACACUGACAGCUAGUAAGAAGGUAGAAGGUCUAACUGUUCAGGCUGUUGAGGAACCUCACAACCUGAGGAAUGAAACUAUUGUAUAGUCUGGUGGAGGCAGCGCGGAUGCUCUGGUACCUCCUGCCAGAGCGUAGGAGGGGA